CCCCAAUUUCUUCUUCGCCGCCGCGCUCUGCAUCAGAGAAGGGAGAGAAACCGAGGGAGGGACAAAGGGAGAGAAAUGACGACGCGUUUCAAGAAGAACAGGAAGAAGAGAGGCCAUGUGAGUGCCGGGCACGGCCGUAUCGGGAAGCACCGAAAGCAUCCCGGAGGUCGGGGUAAUGCCGGAGGAAUGCACCAUCACCGGAUCCUCUUCGACAAGUACCAUCCCGGUUACUUUGGAAAGGUGGGUAUGCGUUACUUCCACAAGCUCCGCAAUAAGUUCUAUUGCCCCAUCGUCAACAUCGACAAGCUCUGGUCUAUGGUCCCUCAGGAGGUCAAGGAUAAGGCCUCCCCCGAUAACGCCCCACUCAUCGAUGUCGCCCAGUUUGGUUAUUUCAAGGUUUUGGGCAAAGGUGUCUUGCCCCCAUCUCAGCCCAUCGUUGUGAAGGCCAAGCUCGUUUCCAAGAUUGCAGAGAAGAAGAUAAAGGAGGCUGGUGGUGCUGUCGUUCUCACUGCGUAGGUUUAGUUAUAUACGGUGAUCGGAUUUACUGCUUUUUUUCUGUUUUAAAUUUUCCUUCCUCCUUAGGUCUUAUAUUUUGGAUAUUAAAUUUUAAUUUAAGGAACUAGAAAAUCGUUGCAGUACUUGUCUGUUUUUCUUAGUUUGAUUCAUGAGAGCUUCGUCAUGUUUUCUGAUAGAUUUAUUGAUCGAGGCUCUAUUGGUGCAAAUUUAUUGUCUUUUAUUCAUGUUGCUUAGAUCGAUCGAUUUGUCUA